CUGGUGCAGAGGUCAAUUUUCUUUCGCACAAUGCCACGGAAACGGCCAAAGCUGCAGCUCGCAGGACUGAGCGACGACGAUGAUGGCGGUGGUGGUGGCGAGAGGAGGGACGAUGAAGGCUUACUGAGAGGGGUGGCAGCGGUGGUGCGGAGAGGCCAAGAGGACGAGAGCGCAGCGGGAGAAAGAGAAAGAGAAGCAGCGAGUGGGGCGGACGAUGCUGAGCGGUUGCCUGGGCAAGAGGCCUUUGACAGCAUCGCGGACUUGUUCCCAACACAGUUUUUCAGCAAUGUGCUGCCACCAGUGGUAUUACAGCACCAGCUCUUUCAUAGCGGCGUCGACCCCGGUGCCGUUGAACGAUUUGUGGAUGAGAGCUUGAAACGAGGAACCUUGCUGAAGUUUGAAUUGGCGCGUCGUGAUGCCGUGUGCCUCGUGCGCAAGCGCGAUUAUGUUGCAUGCCUUCGCCGCCGGUUUCAUCUCAAAGGGGCGGUUGACGCACAGGCGCAGAGCGCAAACGAGGGUGGCCGUGACAAAGCCGAAAGCACAAGCGUCGCUCAGAAGGGUGCGGCUGUGCCGGCUGCUGGCAGGAGCAUACAGGACCUGGUGGCCACGUUCUUGCAACGUGUCACUCUCACAACACUUCUCGACAAGGCCAUGCUGACGGCACAAGGGUUUUCUGUACUCGACAUUCCACGACUGGUCCAGGCGGGCGUACUGCGCAUCAUGCCAGGGUCGGAUGGGCUGUUCUCGCUGGGGCUGCCAAACCUGGGCACGUUUGCAAAGGAGCUGCUUGAAGGGCGGAAGCAGCUGCUGGCCACCAUCCGGCGCAAGAAGUACAAAGAAGCGCUGCGGGUGGACUUGGAGAAGGUGGCGUUGAAGGAGACACGCCUGCCUGUGCAGUACCACGUGUUGGACGUGAUGGGGUGUUCCCACAUUCGCGUGUCGCAGACCACGCGUGGGCCAAUGCUUAGGGUUCAACAACACACAGCUCAACGUGCAGUGGGCGUGCAUCAUUAGCAUGUAUGUGUGUGUGUAUGUGUGUGUGUGUGUGUGUGUG